AUGGCGCCCCAAAGAGCCAAAGCACGUGUCAGCUACCCCCAGCCGCCUCCGCUGCCCUCCGACUACGAGACCGACGCUGCGCCGCCCGCCGUCGACCUGCCCCCACCACCCCCGCGCUCAAACGAAGAGCUCAACUUCUCGGUCCUGCGUCGCCAGUACUCGGACCUCGUCUCCAUCGAGCACGUCACGCCCUAUGCCGCCCUGUACACGUUCAACCUCGAGACGCAGCAAUGGGAGAAGGUCGGCAUCGAGGGCACCCUGUUUGUGUGCCAACUGACGCCGUCGCCCGUUGGCGCCAUGUGUUUCUGCGUCAUCAUCCUCAACCGCCGCGGACUCGACAACUUCUACAUCGACCUCACCAGCCCUGAGGUUAUGGAGAUCACCGACCCCUAUGUCAUCAUGCAGGGUGACCAGGUCUACGGCAUCUGGAUCUUCGCCGACCCACCGCCUGCCUCGACCGCAAACUGCCGCAUCGAGACGGCGAACAAGAUGAUGGAAAUCGCGGCGAGGGCACAAGAGAGCUCGGAAGCGAAGGAAAGAGAGGGGAAGAACGGCGUCCAUCAGGCCAGCAUACAGGUAGAGGAUGCCUCUUCUGCCCCCAUGGGACGCCAGCUUUCCUUGCGCGAGCUCUUUGGCCAGCAACGCCAGCAGGAUGCUGGUUUCAGCGUGCACACUCACAACACCCAACCUAUGCCGCACAUGUACCCGCCACAGUCAGCAUACACCCCGACGCCCAAUUCUCGGCCAGCGCAGCAAGAUGUGCUGGGCCAGCUUUUCAUGAAGGCCAAGCAGGAUUACAAUGGCCUUGGCUGA